AUGGCAUCUCGGCUAUCGGUCCGGAUAUUGACACAUGCUGGACGUACAGCGUCCACUUGUCUUCCCCGCGCCACACGCCUCUCCCCCACUCUGCCAGUGAAUAACAUUACAUCUGCUGGUCGUGUAUCGCAUUACACUCGUCUACAGUCCAUUUCCAGCCAGAGAUCAUUUACUUCUUCUGCGAAGAUGGCAUCAAACACUCGCAUCGAGACUGACGCCUUUGGCGAGCUCGAGGUCGCAGAUGACAAGUACUGGGGUGCCCAGACCCAGCGCUCGCUGGGUAACUUCAAGAUCAACCAGCCUCAGGACCGUAUGCCUCCGCCAGUUGUCAAGGCAUUUGGUAUCCUCAAGGGCGCCGCCGCCACUGUCAACAUGCGCUAUGGAUUGGACCCUGAAGUCGGAAAAGCAAUCCAGCAAGCCGCCGCCGAAGUCGCUGAGGGCACCCUUAUCGACCACUUCCCCCUUGUGGUUUGGCAAACCGGCUCUGGCACCCAGUCCAACAUGAACGCCAACGAAGUGAUUUCCAACCGUGCUAUUGAGAUCCUCGGCGGAAAGAAGGGCAGCAAGAAGCCAGUUCACCCCAACGACCACGUCAACAUGUCUGCUUCGUCCAACGACUCGUUCCCGACCGUCAUGCACAUUGCCGCCGUCAUCGAGACCGAGAGUACCCUAUUGCCAUCGUUGAAGAGCUUGCGCAAUGCCCUCCAGGCCAAGGUUGACGCCUUCAACCACAUCAUCAAGAUCGGCCGCACUCAUCUUCAGGAUGCCACCCCUCUCACCCUUGGUCAGGAAUUCUCAGGCUAUGUUGCCCAGCUCGAUAGCAACAUCAAGCGCAUUGAAAACACUCUCCCUGACCUCCGUCUGCUCGCCCAAGGAGGCACUGCCGUCGGUACUGGACUGAAUACUUUCAAGGGAUUCGAUGAGCAGAUUGCUGCCGAGAUCACUAAGCUCGCCGGUACCGAGUUCAAGACUGCCCCCAAUAAGUUUGAGGUCCUGGCCGCGCACGAUGCCGUCACCGAGGCUUCUGGCUCCCUCAACACCCUCGCUACCUCUCUUUUCAAGAUCGCCCAAGAUAUCCGUUACCUCGGCUCCGGCCCGCGCUGCGGUCUCGGGGAGCUUCGUCUCCCGGAGAACGAGCCCGGUUCUUCUAUUAUGCCUGGCAAGGUCAACCCCACCCAGUGUGAAUCUUUGACCAUGAUAUGUGCCCAGGUCAUGGGUAACCACGUCGCAACCACCAUCUCCGGCAUGAAUGGCCAGUUCGAACUGAACGUCUUUAAGCCUGUCAUGAUCCGCAACCUGCUCCACAGCAUUCGCAUCCUGGCCGACGGAAUGGCUAGCUUCGAAAAGAACCUCGUCGAGGGACUGGAGGCUGAUGAGAAGCGCAUCGACUCUCUUCUCCACGAAAGUCUUAUGUUGGUGACAUGCCUGAACCCGGUUAUCGGCUACGACAUGGCGUCCAAGGUUGCCAAGAAUGCGCACAAGAAGGGCAUCACGCUGAAGGAGAGCGCCAUGGAACUCAAGGCUCUGAGCGAGGAAGACUUCCACAAGUACGUCCGCCCUGAGCUGAUGAUCAGCCCCAAGGAGAAGAAAUAG